AAUCGUUAUGAGCGCGUGCGUUCGCAUUUAUAUACAUAUGCGUGUGUGUGCGAACUGUGAAAGUAAAAAUUAAAAUAAAUUAAAUUAGCAACAAACACAAUAACCAAACCCAAACCAGCCGCUGAACCGCACCAAAGUGUGCGCUAUUUUGUUGCCCUGUGAGUGUAUGUGUGUGUGUGUUAGCCUAUAGUGAGAAAUUCCAAGAACAAACUGCUCCAAAGAUGUCAAACAAUCAGCGUAGAGUGCGUACCAUUGAUUACGUCGCACUACAAGGCAGACGACUGCCGCCAUCGUCGCCAACAUCGCCGCCGCUAUCUAUAAAUCAGCAACAAGAAGACCCCACAACAGCUCCGGUGACGACGACAGUAACAGCAGAAGCAGCAGCAGCAGCAGCAAAACCAACAACAACAAACACGCAGCUGCCUGUGCUGUGUCGCGAGCUUAGUGUAGACGAUGAUGUUGCAAGAGUGGAGUUUCGCGUCAAGCAGACGCCCUCGCGACCCGUGCAGAUGUCCAAUUAUCGCACUGCAGCAGUUGAUGAGGACAUUGAUACGCUGCACCCGGACGAUGAGUUGGCCGCACACUAUGAGGAGCUUGGCACAACGCCCCCUCGUACACGACUCAAGAUCAAGAAUCGCGACUGGAAUCGUUCGCAGAAGGCCCACGGAUCGGCCGCUGUAUCUGUCUCAACGGAUGUGGGAGGCACUGGAGCAGGUGGUAGUGGCACGUCCAAGAAGGGCAUGUCGCGUAUGGCGCGCUCUCGGGUGCUCCGGCGGAACACCAUGGACUGUGCACUGCUCAACGAGAUGUUUGUGAACGACGAAAGCAAGCGGACGGACAAACGACUGCAGUCCCUAUUGCGCGACUCGGAGCGCGAGUUGAAGAACUCGUUGGCCGGCGGUGUGGUGGUACAACCUCGAGUUUCCAGCUUUCAUGAGGGUGCACAUCCGCUGGAGUCGCUCGACAAGAUAAUGCCGCUCAAUUCGGAAGUUCCAGAGUUGACAGCGUCUACAACGCCGCUACGCCUUGCCUCCAAAGUAGUGGAGAGUUGCAGUCGCUAUCGCUGUGUCUCCUCCCGACCCAUUGGCUGUCGUUCCUCGGCGCCACCACAAGCUUUUACCCCACAGCUUCCGAUACGCGGCGAUGGCAAACAGACGCCGGGUCUGACGAAGCGACGCGACUUUCAUGAGACAUUUGCCAAUCUUAUAAAACUGGGCAGUGUCGAUAGGCAGGACGCUAAGCUAUCGCAGGAGGAGCACACCUGGCAGACGGAGCUAAAGGAUCUCAUUUGGCUGGAGCUGCAGGCCUGGCAAGCGGAUCGCACGGUCGAGCAGCAGGACAAGUAUUUGUUCGAGGCGCGGCAGGGCGUCUCCGAUUUGCUCACACAGAUCAUAAGCUACAAAUUCAAACCGCGCUACCGGCGCGAGCUUAGUCAACUAAGUCUGGACAGCGGCAUACACUCGGAGGCCAGUUCCAAUGCUAGUUCUCCUCUGCCCACCAAAAUUUGUCAGGGCUGCAUGUCUCUCUACUGCAAGGAUUGCAUGGAACAACAGGAGUUUGCCUUACGUGAAGUUGAGGAUCUGCUGACGCGCCUAGAAGCUGUUGAGGCUUUGUAUCCCUCCUCACAGGCGAUGGGUUCGCUGCAUCCCAUAUACAAAUCGCAAAGCUUCGUGGGUCGCAUAAAGUCCAUGUGCUUGUGGUAUAACAUAACUAAGCAGAACAAAUUGAAGCUCAGCAUUCUGGGCAAGAUACUGGCACGCCUUCAGGGGGAGAAGUUCUCAUGGCCAGUGCAAACGUCCUACAUAGGUACGGAUAGUGGCAAUUCGUCUGCAUCGGGCGUGGAGAAUGAGGAUCUUAUGGCCAGCUCAAUUGACUCUGCGAAGCCUCCCAGUGUAGUGAGUAAUGGACAACGUAAGGCCUCGGGUGCUACGCCCUGCCCUAGCGUGCGUUUUCUCCUGAACGAUGCGACCCACCAGCCGGGCGAGUCGUCCAGCAGCAACGAAUCUACCUCGACCGAGAUAAGUCAGAUGUCUAAUGACUGUCCGCACUCGCAUCUGCGGAAGGGUUCCAUGCAUGACAUCAACAUUUUCAGUGUGGAACCGCUAGGAACCUUCGGCAAUGACUGCAAUGGCGAGCAGUCGUCAGCGCUGUACCGAAAGUUCAUUGAGAAUGUGUUGAAGUCAAGAGGCUUGGCGAAGUCUUUGGCAUUCCUGCACAAGCUUCACAAUGUGGUGCUGUAUAAGGCGCAUAUAGCACUGGAGAAACCGGGCACUGAAGACUUCGACUUUGAUUUGGAGGCACUGGAGAAAGAUGUGCCGCGCCUAGAUCCAGAAAUAAGUCACGAGCAGGUGGUCGAGCUACGCACUUAUGGCUACUGGAGCGAGGAGGCGCAAUCAAUAAAUUUGCCCUCGUACAUUCCGACUUUUGUGUUCCUGAGCGGCAUUCCCUUACAGUUCAUGCAUGAGUUCCUGCGCAUGCGCCUCGAAACGCGACCCGUCAAGCCGAAUCCCUUGAGUCUCGAGCAGCUCAUGAAGGAGUUGCGCGAGGGUCUGACACUGGCCCUGACCCAUCGUGAGCGCUACCAGCGACACAUCACCACAGCACUGGUGGAGAACGAGACAGAGUUGGGCAACUACAUCAGCAUACUGAAUCACUAUGACGCCACAGUGCGCAAGGUGUUUGAACUGUAUCUGGACUACAUUGAUCAGCUGGUGCUGGUGGCCGUGCCAGAGACAAAUCAAAAGUCGGUGCUAGAGAAGGAGUGGAUGUUCACCAAGCUCAUCAGCCCCAUGAUCAAAGGCAUGCACACGUUGGCUUCCCAAAAGUUUUGCUGCAUUAUUAGCAAGCUGUUGCGCAACAUCUCAUCGCGUCUGGUGCAGCGCUCUACUGAGCUGGAUCAGCAGAUAGCUGUGACAGCGAAAAACAACGAUUCCGAGGAGCUUAAGUGGCAGCUGCUCACCAUUUGUCGAGAGACGCAGUCGCUGCUUACCGUGGAGCGGGAGCGUUCCAUCAAGGUGCUCUUCUUUGCCAAAACCUUUUGCCGUGAUGUCGAGACUACAGAUUUCCAUCGUGAGCACUACGAACACGAUGUGGCUAAUCAUCAGCAUGAUUUCAUCUGCUCAGACGUGAAGGCAGCCUUCAAGCUGCUUCAGCAGGAUGUGCUUGAGGUGCGCAACAAGCUGACAGAGAUAAUUGAAGGUGUGCAGGAGCGCUGCUGUAUGGAGAACAUGCGCGACUUGGACGAGCAGGAUCGUCUGGCGGUGUUAUCGCGUACUCGCGAAAUUCUACACCAAGGCUACAAAUUUGGCUUCGAGUACCAUAAGGAUGUGAUACGAUUAUUCGAGCAGCGAAUCAUGGACCAUAAAGACAGCUCGUAUACGGUAGAUCUGGCGCUAGGCAUCAUUGCAUACGCCAAGAUGUGGAUGCGCUUUGUAAUGGAGCGUUGUGAACGCGGACGCGGCAUGCGACCGCGUUGGGCCUCUCAGGGCCUCGAGUUUCUUAUUCUCGCCUGCGAUCUUCAGAUCACACAGCAUUUGGACGAUCGUUCCUUCGAGGAACUGAAACAGCAAAUGGAUCGGUGUAUUUCGCACGUGAUUGGUAUUACGUCGGAGCCGGAGAAAAUGGCGCGGAAGAAGGCCUCGCCACGGACGCGAAAAACCUCGUCGCCAGCCACUAGUCGCUCACGCACACCCACACGCACGCCCAUGUCGGCUGGUGUGAUUGUCAAUCCGAACACGCCACCGCUGCAAUCACCACAGUACAACAAACUUCUGCAUCCGCAGUUCAGUCUGAAGGAGGAGAUGCUUCAACAAUCCGGGAGCUAUGGUCCUACAGACACCCCCGACUAUGUGGAGGCGCCGCACAGCAAUGGCAGCAAUGGCGAGCUACGGCUGGUAGUGCCGCAGACUCCAACGUCGUCGGCGUCUAGUACGAAGAGCAGCACGCCAGCCACAGCGGGAUAUGAGGAGUCAACACCAUUGGCGUUGCGUCAGGAGCGCGUACGGGACGCUGUCAAUCGACUGGACAUGGAUCUGGAGGAGCGCAGACGCGAGCGACGACUUAUCGGUCAGGUGAAGGUGAAUGCCUGUGAUAAGGUGCAAAUUCGAGCUCGCAGCGUACACUUCCGCUGGCAUCGCGGCAUCAAGAUUGGUCAGGGGCGCUUCGGUAAGGUCUACACAGCUGUAAACAACAACACGGGCGAGCUAAUGGCCAUGAAGGAGAUCGCCAUACAGCCGGGAGAGACGCGUGCGCUCAAGAAUGUGGCCGAGGAGCUGAAGAUUCUCGAGGGCAUUAAGCACAAGAAUCUGGUACGCUACUACGGAAUAGAGGUGCAUCGCGAGGAGCUGCUUAUCUUCAUGGAGCUCUGCUCUGAGGGCACUCUCGAGUCACUGGUGGAGCUGACUGGAGUGGGCUUGCCCGAGGGACUGUCCCGCCGUUUCACCGCGCAAUUACUUUCCGGUGUGGCCGAGCUACACAAGCACGGCAUCGUGCAUCGCGACAUCAAGACUGCAAACAUCUUUCUGGUCGAUGGCAGCAACAGUUUAAAAUUGGGCGAUUUUGGUUCGGCUGUAAAGAUUCAGGCACACACCACAGUCCCAGGCGAACUGCAGGGCUACGUGGGUACCCAGGCGUACAUGGCGCCCGAAAUGUUUACGAAAACGAAUAGCGAUGGUCAUGGUCGAGCAGCCGAUAUCUGGUCGGUGGGCUGUGUUGUCGUUGAAAUGGCCUCAGGCAAGCGGCCGUGGGCACAGUUUGAUUCUAAUUUUCAAAUUAUGUUCAAAGUCGGCAUGGGUGAGAAGCCCCAGGCACCGGAGAGCCUUUCGCAGGAGGGUCACGACUUUGUCGAUCAUUGUCUGCAGCAUGAUCCCAAAAUGCGUCUCACGGCCAUCGAGCUGCUGGAGCAAAACUUUUGCAAGUACGGGCGAGAUGAAGAGUGCGUCAGCGAACAGUUGCAGGUUCAGGCCCAGAUGCGAGGCUCCUUUCGACGCAAUGCGGCUCAAAGCUAACAAAUGCCACUCGAAGAGCCCGUUGAUGUUAACAUAUAUGGGCUCAUGUGUGCGUUGUAGAGCUGCAAAAAGAAUCGAUUCAAAAUCGAUCUAAUCGAUGUUUACAAUCUUUGCUAAAAGUCGUUUUGUUUUUGGAAAAUCAACUAAUCGUAUAAAGUCAAAUGCAUACUUGAAUUGGCAUAUCAUUACGUGAAUGUGACGCUGAUAAUGUAUGAUCUCACCGAAAAUGACUAUAAAAAUUAAUGAUGUUCACUUAACGAUUAAUCGAUUUUAUUUUCGAAAGAAGUACAUCGAUUAUUUUGCAGCUCCACUACGAAGUACUAUAUGAGAGAUGCCUAUAUUAUAUACUUAGGCAGCGUGUAGUUUUAAUGUCGGACAAUAAAUAAACCACGUAUAUAAAUUUAAA